GCUCUCUUCCUCCGACCGUACGCAAUUUAAGUGAAGAAUCAGGAGCGGAGACUAGAGAGCCGGCAUGGGGCGGGCGACGGAGGCGCCGCAAAGGAUGGCGUCGUCCGGCACGUUGGUCUCGUCACUCAGCGACUCCUCCAGGUUGCCGAUGCUGAUGUAGAGCUGCUGCCCCAGGUAGCGCCUUUCCCACACCUCCUACCGUAGGUUCCACAUCCCUACGUUGUCGAACGACGCCAGGAUCGCCAACUACGACCCCGGGAAGAACACCUGCACGGCUUCCAUAAGGUUGUAGUUCUUCCUGCCUUUUCCGUCCACUUUCCCGGUCCCAUACUGGUGGUCGUCGAAAUGAGCACGCAAGGUGUUCGUAAAAUUCCCGAACCGAAAAAAGAGAAUAACACAAUUGCAAUGGAAACAGAGCGGUGACUAACCCCACGAGGAAGAAGGCAAGCUAUCCAAGUGCUAUCGAAAUGAAGAGAAUUGAAGUUAAUCCAUACAAGUGGAACCUUGUCCUCAGAGGCUUCUUGGAUAGCAAUGUCCCAAAGAAGGCACUUGUGGCAUAUGCUCUCAUGAGGAGGAGAAGAGUGAAGGUAGAUGGCUUCACUCUCCUCUUUGUCAUUAAGGCCUGUGGCCUCUUCAUGCAUAAUAUCCUUGUAGGCAAGCAGGUGCAUGCUCAUGCCACCAAACUCGGCUUUCAAGCAGAGCUGGUGAUCCAGACUUCUCUCCUUCAAAUGUAUGGCAAGUUUGGAGAUAUUGACGCUGCAGAUAAGUUGUUCAACGAAACUCCUCACAGAGAUAUUGUUCAAUGGAAUGCUCUCCUUGCUUUGCACUUGCAGAGCAAUCGACCAUGGAUAACAAUUAAGGCUGUGAGACGGAUGAUAAGUGAGGGUGUGCGUCCUAAUGAAGUCACUGUUGUCAGCAUUGUCAGUUCCUGUUCACGACUGAAGGCUUUAGCUGAGGGUAAGCAGCUGCAUUGUUAUGUGAUAAAAAGUCUUGCAAUCCUCGACACAUUUGUGCACAAUGCACUGAUCAAUAUGUAUGCAAAUUGUGGGUGUGUAUCCGAUGCUCAAAUGGUUUUUCAGAAUCUGAGAAACAGGAAUGAAGUUUCCUGGGCUUCAAUGAUCAAUGCGUAUGGUGAUAAUGGCUACCUGAAUGAGGCUAUAACUUUGUUCAGGAAAAUGGAAGCACUAGGAGAGGAAGCUGACGAAGUAACAAUGUUAUCUAUGGUUUCUAUUUGUGCUAAGUUUGGAAGACUUGAUUUAGGAGAAUGGAUUGAUGGGCACAUAAAGAGCUAUGGGUUUCAUAGGAAAAUGCACAUUUCCAAUGCCCUUAUCCACAUGCACAGCAGAUGUGGGAAUAUAGACAAGUCUUGCAAAGUAUUUAGCAAAAUGGCAAGGAGGAAUCUGAUAACAUGGACUGCAAUGAUACAGGCCUUAGCGAUGCACGGGCAUGGUCAGGCAGCGCUGGCUUAUUUCUCACAGAUGCAGACGGAAGGAUUUAGGCCAGAUGAAGUGUGCCUCCUGAGCAUGAUCAAUGCAUGCAGCCACUUUGGGCUGGUGGAAGAAGGAAAGCAUUUCUUUAGGUGGAUGGUAGAGGAACAAGGAAUGAGGCCUUGGAUGGAACACUAUGGAAGCAUGGUGGAUCUUCUGUGCAGAGCAGAGCUGGUAAAUGAAGCAUUUGCCUUUGUAGUGAGUAUGCCCUUGAAACCAGACAUCAUCAUCUGGCGCACCUUAAUUGGAGCAUGUAGAGAUCAAGGAAAUAUCAAUCUAGCAAGACAAGCUGUGGAUUACAUAACUGAUUCUGAACCUGUGGAUAGUGGAAAUCUCAUUUUGAAGUCAAACUUGUAUGCCAUGAUUGGGGAUUGGGACAGUGUUGAGGAAGUGAGAAGUUACAUGAGAUGCAAGGAGGUUGCCAAAAAACAACCUGCUUAUAGCUAUAUCGAGUCCACAGGCAUAUAAAA